AUGAAUAGACUGAUCGGGUUAAUUAAACCCUCGAAUACUGCAUUGGUGAGUGGUGCUACCACUUCUAGCAAUCUUUCAUUGGUCAGAUUGUGUUCUCAGUCAUUGAAAUAUUCGACUGAUAACAAAGAUAAGAAUGAACAACAACAACAACCACCACAACAACAGCCAAAAAAGAAACAACAUAAUAAACAACACAAUAAACAACAACAACAACAACAAAAUCAACAACCACAACAACAGCAACAACAGCAACAACAAGAUAUGGCUACAAAUAUUCAAUCACGUCAACAACGUCCACAAAUUGUACAGAGACCACAUCAUUCGAAUCAAAAUCAAAACAACAGACAACAUCAACAACAAAAUGUUGCUGGAUCAUCAUUCAAUCAAUCAUUCACUAAAAAGUCAGAUUCACCUGCUGCUAAUGCAUUUGCUGCUGCCUCCAACGAAUUGAAUAAUAAGAAUAGCAACAACAACAACAAUAGCAUUAACAGUAAUGAUCAAGAUAACCAAGACGAUGUUGCUGAGGAUUUCGAUGAGGAGUUUGAUGAGGACGAAGAAGCAGAGGAAGACAACUUUGAGAAUAUCGACGAGAAGUUGUUCGAUGGAUUGGACAUCAACGUCAACAUUGCCGAGGGAUAUGAAAAUGUCCGUGAGGCAGAGCGUGAAGUCAAGGUCAACAAGAGACAACCAGUGGAAAAGAUGAUGCCCUAUCACUAUUCAUCACGUGAACUCGAAGGACUGUUACGUUCGCAUCUCAAGAAGUUCCUGGCAAAGGUUCACCCCGAUAACUUCCAUCAGGAUCCAUCGAAAUCACAGGUCAAUCAGCGAUCGCUCACCGCACUCAACAACUUGUUGCGCACACGUGACUCCUACGUGAAGGUCGCCGAAGGAUCGUCCGAAGAGUUGAAACUCGACAAGAUUCCAACCACCCUGUCACUCGCCUUCCAUCACCACACCCUCGAAGGCACCCAGGGAUUCCUCGAGCACGAACUCAUCUUUGAGGAGCCAGCGCCAACCAUCGCCACCUCCAAGUCGGCAUUGGUCAGCUACGUCACCGAGCUGCGUUUCGCCGUUCACCGUCAACUCUACGAGUUGUUUAGAAAGGCCGAUAUCAGCAUUCCGCAGAUCGAGCUCGACCAACUCACCCGUCCAACCAACGAGGUCGACCAGCUCGUUGACGACCCCUGGGAGGAGUACUUUGACGCACCGAAAGACGGUGAGUCCGAGUUUGCGUUGACUCGUAUCCUCGAUGAAUUCAUCGUGCAGAACAACGUCAGUGAGCACCGUCAAUUCGCCGAGUUGUCGCUCGAGCAGACCUCGCUACUCCAGUUGUUCAACGAGGACAAGGUGUUCUUCUACUUUGGCGAGCAGAUCAAGGGUGACGUCAACGUGAUGCGUACACUCGGAUACCGUGAGGAGGCAGAACGUCAAAUCCUUCACUUGAAGUCGCAACUACAGUCUUUGGAGUUCCGUGAGUGGCACCAACUUCCAAUUCUCAUCACCUCACCACAAUUCUAUGAGAAACUCGCCAACUCUGCCGCAGCUCAGAGUUUUGUCAUCCUCAACAAAGACUUUGAUCCACUCCACGUACUCCCAUACAUCAAGCAAAAAGUACCAAGAGUUGUAAAGAAUUUCAAAGAUCUCUAUUCCAUCUCCAAAAACAAUAUUACAAUGUUAGAGAAAUCGACUAUUCAACUUGAAAAGACAUUGGGUGCAAAUAGUGUUGUUAUUGAAAAUCUAUUCUCUGUAAAUCAAAGAUCAAUGAGAAGUGUAAGAGAUCAAUUCAAUCGUUCACAGACAACCAUUUCCAAGUUGAAUAUUCCAAUGAUAAAGAUUCUCGAGCAGGUUCGUGCCAAUCGUUGGAUUUCACUGCCAGAGUCACGUCUUGAGAAUUCAGCGAUGAACAGUUGGAAGUUGAACAAUGUAAAGAUGGACGAAGCAGAGAAGCGUUCCAUUGCACAAUCGAUCGUCAAGGAGAAAUACCCAAGAUUGAGCAAAGCCGAACAAAAGGCCAAAGUAGAGUCGAUGGUUGCCUCGAGCGAGGUCGCCACAACCAGCUCAGACACACGUGAGAAACCACUGACAAUCGUCGAUCCCAAUCAAUUCAACUACAUUCAAUCGGCACCAUUCGUUAGCACAGCAAUGGAGUGUGUAAAUCGUUUGAGCAAGAUGAUCGAAACAGAGACACCAGUGCGUAUGCUCUUCCCGAACAACAUGAAGAGCGACGAUCAAUCGAGCAAAGCCAAAUCACAGGUGCUUGUAUUCGACGACCCAGAGCGUACCAUUGACUUACUUACCGACCGUCCAAACAUUGCUCCACUCGCGAUCGAUUUGAAUUCCAACACCAAGGCAAACUUGGUCACUGACUUUGGUGUGCCUGCAUUCGGUGGCGACGCCACUACCGCUGCUGCUGGCGAAUCAAAACACGAUUCAAAGGUCGACAAGGUAAUUAAAGAUAAACUAUCGGCUGAAUCGGCCAUCUCUGAAUCCGCCGAUUCAACAUCAUCAACACCGGCAAUGUCUGCAGCCAACUUCCAAAUGGCCACAGCCAAUCAAAAGUUGGCCGAUUUCGGUUGGGCCAACAUCAACUUGGUACUCUCGGAUCACUAUCAAUUCAUUAUGUCAAAGGAUGACGAUGUUGCUUAUAUUUUCAUUCCACUCAACUUCCGUGAAGAGGAGUUGAUGCUCUUCCUCAACUCGCACUACGACAAGAUCGCAUUGAUCCAGAAGGAGUUCUACAACCCAGUGAUGGGACAAACUCAAAAGGUUGUUGAACUUCAAGCGAUCGAAACACUCGUCAAGCAAACAUUGGAAAAGUCGGAGCUCGCCAGCAUAAAGAUCAACGCCAACGCCGUUCCAUUAUUGGCACAGCAAUUCGAAUCGGCCAGCUUCUUCAAGAACAUUGUAUUCUUGUCGACCGACCUCAAAUCAAUCAAGACCGUCGGACCACAUGUAGAUAUUGUCAUCGGUGGUAAGAGCUAUGACAUCAAAUUCACCAACGCCGAAAAUAGUCGCGCCACUGUAACUUUGCCACACGAAGAUCGUACCACCUUUAACUUCUCACGUAUCAUCUCUGACUUGACUUCAAAAUCUGAAUUUUUCAAACAGUUGCUUCCAGACUACCAAUCUGGAUCCUUUAAUUUCUCAUUACUACAACAAUCAUCAUCGUCAUCAACAACAACACCAAAAGAACAAUAA